GCCGCUCGGGAGAGCUCCGCCGCACCGCCCGUGAGAAGCGGCACGCAGCGCCCGGCCUGGCAUCGCAGCACCCCUGGGAGGACAGCGGUGCUCCAGGACCUCCCACUCCGCGCCCCGACAGGUGAACAGAAUAUACACAAAAUAUUCCUGUAGUAGGAUACUGGAGUCUCAUCUAAUUACAGAUCUCUCUCCAUUCCAGGACUAGUAUUUGCUACAAGCACAGACUGCAGUGGUAUGACUGGAGCUUUAAAUAAUUUGGCUUUGAGAGUUCCAUCGUUUUCUGAGAAGCUGGAACAGAAUUUGGGCUCUGCUUCUUCACUGUCCUAGGUUAUAAUGCCAUCCUUGCCUAAUGAGGGAGAUAACCAUGGAACUGCUUCUCUGACUUUGGGUUCAGAACUACCCUAUCAAAGCACAAUUAAAAGAAAAGUCAGAAAGAAGAAGAAUGGAGUCAUCACUGCAAAUGUUGCUGGCACAAAAUAUGAAAUUGUACGUGUAGUAAUAAGAGAAAUGGGAUUUGUGAAAACACGUGAUGAAGAUGAAACAGCUAAUCUUAUAUGGAGUGAUUCUGCUGUGCAACAAGAAAAGAUUGCUGAACUUCGGAACUAUCAGAGAAUCAACCAUUUUCCAGGAAUGGGAGAGAUCUGCAGAAAGGAUUUUCUGGCAAGAAACAUGACUAAAAUGAUCAAGAGUCAGCCUCAGGAGUAUAGUUUUAUUCCUCGAACUUGGAUCUUCCCUGCAGAAUACACACAAUUUCAAAACUACGUAAAAGAACUGAAGAAGAAACGUAGGCAGAAAACUUUCAUAGUCAAACCAGCUAAUGGUGCAAUGGGACAUGGGAUCUCUUUAAUAAGAAAUGGAGAGAAGUUACAAGCUCAGGAUCACUUGAUUGUUCAGGAAUAUCUUGACAAACCAUUUCUCAUGGAAGGCUACAAGUUUGAUUUACGUGUGUAUAUUCUUGUAACCUCCUGUGAUCCAUUAAAAGUAUUUUUAUAUCAUGAUGGACUAGUGAGAAUGGGCACAGAAAAGUAUCAUCCCCCCAGUGACUCAAAUUUGAGUCAAUUGUAUAUGCAUCUGACAAAUUACUCUGUCAAUAAACAUAAUGAACACUUUGAAAGGGAUGAAACAGAAGACAAAGGAAGCAAACGCUCCAUAAAAUGGUUCACUGAGUUUCUAGAAACAAAUAAUCUUGAUGUCUCCAAAUUCUGGAGUGAUAUUUCAGAGUUAGUAGUGAAGACUCUCAUAGUUGCAGAGCCACAUGUUCUUCAUGCUUAUCGAAUGUGCAGGCCAGGACAAGCACCAGGAAGUGACAGUGUCUGCUUUGAAGUCCUGGGAUUUGAUAUUCUGCUGGAUAGAAAACUAAAGCCAUGGCUCCUAGAGAUUAAUCGUGCCCCGAGCUUUGGAACUGAUCAAAAAAUAGACUAUGAUGUAAAAAAAGGUGUUCUUCUAAAUGCAUUAAAACUUCUCAACAUAAGGACAAGCGAUAAAAGGAGAAAUUUAGCUCAACAGAAGGCUGAGGCUCAAAAAAGACUGUAUGGUCAAGGUUCAAUGAAAAAACUGUUGCCAGGUUCCUCAGAUUGGGAGAAGCAGCGCCACACUCUGGAAAGGAGAAAAGAAGAACUGAAGGAAAGACUUGCACAAGUACGUAAACAGAUUUCCAAAGAGGAGCAUGAAAACAGACACAUGGGUAACUACAGGCGAAUUUACCCUCCUGAUGAUAAGACUUUACUUGAAAAGUAUGAGAGCUUGUUAGCCACUGCUUUCCAGACGUUUCUUGCUGGGAGAGCAGCUUCACUUCAACGAGAAAUGAAUAAUCCUUUAAAAAGAAUGAAGGAGGAGGACAUUUUGGAUCUUCUGGAGCAGUGUGAAAUAGAUGAUGAAAAACUAAUGGGAAAAUGUACCAGGCAGCGAGGACCUAAGGCCCUGUGUUCAAUGCCAGAAAGUGCACAGCCAUCAAGAAAACUGAAGAACUACAGUAGUGAUAGUAGCUGUGAUAGUGGCAGCAGUAUAUCAGAAUCAGGAGAAGAAACUGAAAAGGAAGAUCACAAUGAAAAAAAAGAGAAAAAAGUUUCAUAUGAUCUUGAAGAAAAUAAAUACAAGUCUUUGGAACGAUCAGGUAGAAUGAACUGGAAAUCUUCAAUUAAAAAUAUAAAAUCUCCAUCAUAUUCAUCCCCCGCGUCAUCCACAGGUCCAAUAAGGCGUUCUAUAAGCUGCCCUCGUUCAAUAUCAGUAUUGACUAUGCAGUCACAGGCAGCUGAGCAACGUCCUUUUUCAGCUAAAGCAUCUCUGCAAAUCCAGCGUGCAUCCUCGGUGAAUAGGUCUCAUUCUUUAAAUCGUAGCCCAUCUUCAGCUAGAGGCUCUCAGACACCUAUCUUGGGAACUAUGAACUCUUCAGGGACUGAGUCUUUGCUGCAACAGAAAACUAAAGAGCAAGAAGAUGCUUUGACAAAAGAGACUCUUCUCAUUAUCAAUGACUUGAGAAUGAAAUUCCCAGGAAAAACAGAUGAAGAAUCAGAACUAAUUAUAGAAGAUAUUAUGGAUAAUUGGAAGCAUCAUAAAACAAAAGUGGCAUCCUAUUGGUUGGUAAAACUGGAUUCUGUAAAGCAACGAAAAGUUUUGGAUAUAGUCAAGGCAAGUGUUCGUGCAGUUCUACAGCGUGUCUGGAAGGCUCCAGACAUUGAAAAUUUACAUCUGUACCGUCUCUUUAACCGUGUAUUUAAUCGCUUACUUUGGAGCCAUGGGCAAGGUCUAUGGAACUGUUUCUGUAAUUCAGGGAGCUCUUGGGAAACUAUAUUCAGUAAAAGCACAGAGGUGGUGACUCCUGAGCAACUCCAGUGUUGCCAACGAAUAGUACAGCUUUGUAAACACUGCCUGCUGGUGGUUUACAAAUAUUCAUCAGAUUCAAGAGGAUCCCCAACUGGAAUUAGCCUCCACUGGGAUGAUACAAGGUAUUUAUUGCCAGGACCUUCACUGUUCAUCAUGAAAUCGUCGUCAUCCAACCUUAGCUGCAGUUCAUCUGGAAUGCCUCGCCCUAACGUUUUGUUCACACACAGAUACAGUCACUUGUAAAGCAAAAGGAAAGUUACUGUUGUUUGUAAAUAAUGGCACUCCAUAUUUUUUUUCUACUUAAAAUUUGAGAUGGAGCUAAAUAUAAGCACUGUUAUAUAUUGACUACCAUAUUAUGAUAACAUUUAGCUGAAAAUCUACUGUAAAAGCAUAGCUUUUCAGAAACAAUAAACCUUGUUAAGUUAUUUACACACAUGUGAACAUGUAGAUCUUGCUAGGUUUAUAAGU